AGCAAAAGUGAAGCAAAGAUACCUUCGACUUUCAACCACAUUGGUUGAGUGAGCUAAGCCAUCCUUCCAUAAAACUCCACAGAAAACAGUGAAAACAGUGAAAACAUUCCAGCUUGCUAAACCUUUGCCUUUGUUUGAUCCGAGCGAAAAGACGUGCUCUUGCUACCGUCCUGUUAUCAUCCUUAGAACAAGCCAAGCCAAGCCAACCAUGAAGAUAAGCAAGGGAUCUGCUCACAAGUCUCAGCGCCGGGAGUCCAAAACUCGAGGCUCCAUUUCCGAUGCCAGCAACUGCGAUGCAUUGCCCGACGAUCAGGAAGGAAUUGCCCGUGGCGGUGUGGCCACGCCCUUUCCUUGGAAGCUCCAUGAAAUGCUAGAAGACUCUGCCACGGAAGGCAAUGAAUGGAUUGUCAGUUGGCAGUCUCAUGGUCGCAGCUUUCUGGUCCACAAGCCCAAGCUUUUCGUCGAAAAGAUCAUGCCCACCUACUUCAACCAGAGUAAGUUUGCCUCCUUCCAAAGGCAACUGAAUUUGUAUGGUUUCUCCCGCUUGACAACUGGCAAAGAUAAGGGUGCCUACUACCACUCCUGCUUUGUCCGUGGCCAUCGUGGUCUCUGUCGCGGGAUGGUUCGCCAGAAGAUCAAGGGCACCAAGGUCCGACGCACAUUAGCCCCUGAGGAGGAACCUGAUUUCUACAAGAUGACAUCCACACCUGUGCCCUUGGGUCCAGCGUCUAUGCCUCCUUUGGGAGAGGACGAAAGUGCAGAUGAAGUGACCGACAAGCGUUCUACAAGUCCCCGAAGGAGGAGCUCGACCGCCAGCAGCAGCUCCCGUGGAUCGAUUGCCAAGAGUUCCGGAGUGCUCUCCGCCAAGGAGCGCGCCCUCAAGUUGCGCAGCCUCAGUGUUGUUCGCGACGCGCUCAAGCAGACGGAAAUGUUCUGUGGUGACAGUAACAUGGACUUUGACGACCGUGCCGCCAAGGUUAGCAGCAACAGCAGCGUCACCUCCGAGCACAUUCCCUCGGUGAGCCCCAUGGAAAGUGAAGAGUCUGAUUCGGAAGAAACUGUUGUGCCCGUAGUUUCCCCGCCCAGAAUGCAGCAGCCAACCAUCAUGCCCACACUGCCGUCCUCUCUUUUGGAUGCAACUCUGGCGCCCAUGUCUUCUGUCCGGUUUCACCAGAUGACAAAGGCUCAGAUCAAGGGUGGUGAUCUGCUUUUCUUUGAAGGCAAACCCUUUCAUUACUUGGAGCAUUUGGAUACCCUACCUCCUCGCCCUCCUAAGGUUGUCAAGCCAACUCAAGCAGCCGCCCAAAAUCCCUAUGCUGCUUAUGCACCCCGAGACUCUCUGCAGUCCCUUAUGCGAGUGGAUCCACAGGCCCUCAUGGGCGGGGGAGCCUACGCUAUUCGUCUUUCAUAGAUGGAUGAACUUUUUUCAUGGGGCGGGCAGGGGAUGAUCAGGCAGCUGACUUUCCCUUGACCCAUACUAUUUAGUUAGUUUCCGUCUUGAGUGAUGCAUUUUUGAAAUGCACAAGCUAUUACAUGAUUCCCAUUGUAAACCAAGGAUACCUAAUCACAACGUUGUUCCUAACUAACAGCACAUUUUCACGCUAAGAUAAACCUUUCGAUCAACUUGCCACCUGU